AUGUUGCGCCAUUUCUUGCGGAUCGAAAUCGACAACGAUCUGCUUACGGCAAUGGCGGAACGAUGGCGUCCCGAAACCCAUACGUUCCACCUUCCGGAGGGGGAAAUGACGAUCACCCUCAAAGACGUGGCGAUCCUCACAGGGAUGCCUAUUUCUGGGGAUGCCGUCAUUGGUCCCCAGACCAAACCCGACGUAGGUUGGGGGCCGCUCAUACGUGAUCGUUUGGGCUUUGACAUGCCGACCACCACUCCAAUCCAAGGGCGGGGGCAUCCACCGUUGAAUGCGGGCCAAGUGUCGGUCCCGUGGCUGGUGUCUCACAUCCAGCAAGAGGUUGUAAUCAAUGACGAGACACCGGAAGAACAAGUCGAGCGCUACGCCCGCAUCUACCUCAUCGGUUUGGUGGGUGGAUUUUUGUUCCCCGACAAGUCCAACCGGUGGAUUCAAGGCAUAUGGUUGGAGUUGCUCACGGGCAAUAUCGAAUGGAGCAGCCAAUUCCACAAGACCCGCCAGCAGGUUUCAGGGAGCUACAUGCUAUCGACCUCCGACAUUCGUCAAAGAACUGGCAGCGAAAGCAUGGAUUCUAUAUCAACAUCUGGGAGAAUCGACACCAAUGGGUGGUGCAAGGGAUGCCGGAGACGAGACCGAUGGGCUACCACGAUGGGUACAUGCAGUGGUAUCGGAAGUUCACCAUGA